CUUCACUAUUUCAACUUCCCAUUAUCCUCUCAAAAAGCUUCCCCCUUUUUCUCAUUUUUUUUGCCUAAUCUUCAAGGUAAGCCCUCAAAACUCUAAUCUUGAUAACUCCCAACCAACCCCAUUUAGCUAAAUUUUAACUUUGUUUUUUUGUAAAUUUUGAAUCUUGAUAACUUCCAAGCAACCCCUUUUAGCUAAAUUUUGAUUUUCUUUAUGUGAAGUGUUGAAUCUUGACAACUCCCCACCAACCCCUUUUAGCUAAAUUUUGACUUUGUUUUUUGUAAAUUUUGAGUCUUGAUAACUCCCCCUCCAACCCCUUUUAGCUAAAUUUUGAUUUUGCUUUUUGUGAAAUUUUGAAUCUUGAUUACUCCCCACCAAUCCCUUUUAGCUAAAUUUUGAGUUUGUUUUUAAUAAAUUUGGAAUCUUGAUGAGUUGAUGCUGAAGUUGUCAGCUUUUCUUGAGGCCACUCUGCUUCAUGGCCUCUUUGAAAUUACCCCUUUAUGUAGAUAGUUCAUGGGAAUCCAAGAAACUUAAUUGCACAGUAAAAGCUUUGAACUUUACUGAUUCUAAGUGUUGGGUUCCCUCAUUUUUGGGUGGUGGUGCAUUUGUGGUUAGCCCAUUUUGUAAUGUGAAGCACAUUAGAGUUUCAAGAUUAGAAACUGAGGAAUUAGAGACUUCUGAGUUGAGUUUAGAUGGUGACGGGGUUGAUGGUUAUGAAGGUGAGUUAGGAAAUGAGAGUUUUGUUACUGAAAGACCAAAUCUUGGGAGGGAUUCUCAGAAAGGGAAGUUUAAUGUUUGGAGAAGAUUUAGGAGGGUGAAGAAGGUACCCAAAGACUCGAAUUAUAGGUCUAGUUUUAGAUUGAAAGAUAGGAAAAAUGGAAUGGAAGAAAAUCCCAGGAUUGUGUUUGAUGUAAAUAGUGAUGAGAAUGUGAUAGAUAGCCAAAAUGGGGUUGAUUUUGAUGAUGAGAAUAUCGGGUCUGACUCGAGUUUAGAUCAGUGUAAUGCAAUAUUGAAAGAGCUCGAAAGGGGUGAUGAUGGGAAAGCGUUGAGUUUUUUCCGAUGGAUGAGGAAAAAUGGGAAGUUAAAACAAAAUGUUACUGCCUAUAAUUUGAUACUCCGUGUCUUGGGGAGAAGUGGCGAUUGGGAUGGGGCGGAGGGAAUGAUUAAGGAAAUGAGUAUGGAGUCGGGUUGUAAGCUUACAUAUCAAGUUUUCAAUACCCUUAUUUAUGCUUGUCAUAAAAAAGGGCUCGUGGAGUUGGGUGCUAAGUGGUUCCACAUGAUGUUGGAAAAUGGAGUUCAGCCAAAUAUAGCAACUUUUGGGAUGCUAAUGGCUCUGUAUCAGAAAGGAUGGCAUGUUGAGGAAGCAGAAUUUGCAUUUUCAAUGAUGAGGAAUCUCAAAACUAUGUGCCAGUCUGCAUAUUCCUCUAUGUUGACGAUAUAUACGCGAAUGAGAUUGUAUGAUAAAGCAGAAGAAAUCAUUGGCUUUUUGAGGAAAGAUGAAGUAAUUCUGAAUCUAGAGAAUUGGUUGGUUCUGCUUAAUGCUUACUGUCAACAAGGCAAGUUACUCGAGGCAGAGCAGGUCUUAGCUUCCAUGAACCAAGCUGGUUUUUCGCCAAAUAUAGUUGCAUACAACACAUUGAUCACUGGAUAUGGGAAGAUUUCCAACAUGCUUGAUGCACAACGCUUGUUUGGUGACCUUAAAAGGGUUGGAGUGGAUCCUGAUGAAACAACUUACAGGUCUAUGAUAGAAGGGUGGGGUCGGACAGACAAUUAUGAGGAAGCAAAUAGAUACUAUGUGGAACUGAAAAGACUUGGACACAAGCCAAGCUCGUCUAAUUUGUACACAAUACUAAAUUUACAAGUCAAGCAUGGAGACGAAGUGGAUGUUGUUAGAACUAUUGAGGAAAUGAUGCACACUGGCGGCGAAAAGUCAACCAUCCUUGGCAUUCUUUUGCAAGCAUAUGAGAAGCUUGAACUCAUUCAUGAAGUUCCUUCAAUUUUGGGAGGUUCUUUAUAUGAUCAUGUUUUGAGAAACCAGAUAGCUUGUUCAAGUCUGGUGAUGGCUUAUGUGAAAAACAGCAUGAUACAUGAUGCGUUAAAAGUCUUACGGGAAAAGCAGUGGAAGGAUGCUUUAUUUGAGGACAACUUGUACCAUUUGUUAAUUUGCUCAUGCAAAGAUUUUGGGCAUCCAGAGAAUGCUGUGAAAGUGUUCACUUGUAUGCCAAAAUCUGAUAAGCCUAACUUACAUAUAAUAUGCACUAUGAUAGACAUUUACAGUACAAACAACAAUUUUGCUGAAGCUGAAAAGCUUUAUCUAAUGUUGAAGAAUUCAAAUGUCAAAUUGGACACAAUAACUUUCAGUGUUGUGGUAAGGAUGUAUAUGAAAUCUGGAGCCUUAGAAGAAGCCUGCUCUGUGUUGGAUGAUAUGGACAAACAAAAAAACAUUGUUCCAGACACAUAUUUGCUCCGUGAUAUGCUCCGGAUCUACCAGCGAUGUGACAAGAAGGACAAAUUGGCAGAUCUUUACUACAAACUUGUGAAAAGAGGAGUCAUCUGGGAUCAGGAAAUGUACAGUUGUGUCAUAAACUGCUGUGCCCGUGCACUGCCAGUUGAUGAGCUUUCGAGGCUUUUCGAUGAGAUGCUUAAACGUGGAUUCUUACCUAAUACAGUCACCUUCAAUGUCAUGCUUGACGUAUAUGGGAAAUCCAGACUCUUCAAAAGAGCAAGAGAGGUUUUUUCAAUGGCUAAAAAGUGUGGUUUGGCUGAUGUUAUCUCUUACAACACUCUCAUAGCUGCAUAUGGGAGAAGCAAAGACUUCAAGAAUAUGUCAUCAACUGUCAAGAAAAUGCACUUCAAUGGCUUUUCAGUUUCUCUUGAAGCCUACAAUUGUAUGUUAGAUGCCUAUGGGAAAGAAGGACAAAUGGAGAAAUUCCGUAAUGUCUUGGAAAGACUGAAGGAAUCUGGUCACUCUUCUGAUCAUUACACUUACAACAUUAUGAUAAACAUUUAUGGCGAGCUAGGUUGGAUUGAAGAAGUUUCGGAUGUACUGGCAGAAUUAAAGGAAUCAGGAUCAAUUGGACCUGAUUUGUGCAGCUAUAACACAUUGAUAAAGGCUUAUGGAAUUGCUGGAAUGGUUGAACAUGCAGUAGAUUUGGUCAAGGAAAUGCGCAAAAAUGGAAUUGAACCUGAUCGAAUAACCUACACUAACCUAAUCAAUGCAUUACGGAAAAAUGAUAAGUUUCUUGAGGCUGUUAAGUGGUCUUUAUGGAUGAAGCAGAUUGGAUUAUAAAUAUCAAUCUGGAAAAUGGUGCUGUUAUUCAUCACGGCCUAUUCGUCUCCGGUUUAAAGGUAAAUACAUGUUAUACUCAAGCAGGUGUUUGUAUUAU